AUGGGCUUCCACAUCAGUGGGAAAGGAAGCGCUGUCGAGCCGCCGACGAACAUUGCAGUUCUGCCGGCAUGGCGUGACGCUCUUUCUCACGUCAUUGUCGCAACCGAAUGGGAGUUCACUUCGAGCUGGGAAACAGUCAAAAAUUCUUCACUAUUUGUGACGAACUGGAUGGAUGCUCUGCGGGAGAUCUCCCCCGACUCUGGCGCGUAUAUGAAUGAGGGUGAUCUGUUGGAGCCCAACUUCCAGCAGGCAUUCUAUGGUGCCAACUACCCGCGGCUGUAUGAGUUGAAGCAGAAGUACGACCCGACCGGGUUGUUCUUUGCUCUUACGGCGGUGGGGUCGGAGGACUGGGAAGUUCAAGUCACGGAUCCUUUGCCGUAUUCGUGGAACAAUAAUGGGCGGUUGUGUCCGAGAUCUUCUUGA